UCUGAGGUCCCCAAGGUGAGGGGGCACGGCUGGGAUGACCCCGCACUUGAACCCCCCCCCCCCAGCCCACCUUGUCCCCUUCUCUCCCCGUUCCCCCCACAAGCUCCCGGCUGUUGUAGGGCUGCAGGGACACUGCUGGGCUCCUCCGAGAUGUCCCAAAACCACAACGAAGCUCUUGAGUUUUACGAACGAACAUCCUUCUUUUUCCUUUCUUUUUCUCCUUUUUUUGUUUCCUAGGACUGAGGCGCUACUGCGUUUUACUCCAGAACAGACAAAUAUCCUGAAACACCAAAAAAACCAACCCCAAGAGAUGGACACAGUGGAACUGGCUCAGGAGCCUGUGACCUUCGAGGAGGUGGCCGUGUAUUUCACCACGGAGCAAUGGGCUCUGCUGGACCCGGUGCAGAGGACUCUCUACGUGGACGUCAUGCUGGAGAACUACGAGACUGUGAUGUCUCUGGGUCUUCCCACAGCCAAGCUAGACUUGCUCACCCAGAUGCAAGAGCGAGGAGAGCGCUGGAGCCCUGAUCUUCAAGAAACGGAGAAAAAAGAAGCCCUGAGCAGCAGACUCGCAGGGUUAAGAUGGAAAAUAGACAGCGGGACGGUUUGCAGAAGAGGCAACGCUGACCUCGGAGGAACCCCAGCCCGGGAGGGCCCUGCAGAAAGGCAGCGCGCCUGCACCGAGCCUGGACAAGAGGGCAGCCGGAGCAGGCACUUAAUUACACCCCCGAGAGACGACGCGGGAGAGAAACCGUUCAAGUGCCUCGAGUGCGGGAGAAGCUUCACGCGGAGCUCGGACCUCAUUGUCCACCAGCGAACCCACACGGGAGAAAAACCCUACCAGUGCCCCGAGUGCGGGAGAUGCUUCAACAGGAGCUCCAGCCUCGUGACGCACCGGCGGAUGCACACCGGCGAGAAAACGUACAAGUGCCCCGAGUGCGGGAAAAGCUUCACGCGGAGCUCGACGUUGACCACCCACCAGAGAACCCACACGGGAGAAAAACCCUACCCGUGCCACGAGUGCGGGAAGCACUUCAGCAAAAGGUCGAACCUCAUGAAACACCAGCGGCAACACACCGGAGAGAGACCGUAUCGAUGCCCCGACUGCGGGAAAAGCUUCAUACAGAGCUCGGAUCUCAUAGUCCACCAACGAACCCAUACGGGAGAAAAGCCCUACCGGUGCUUGGAGUGUGGGAAGCGCUUCGGCGUGCGAUCCAAGCUGAUUCAACACCAGCGCGUGCACACGGGGGAGAAGCCGUACACGUGUGGCAAGUGCGGGAAGAGCUUUGGGCAGAGCUCGCACCUUUCUGUGCACCAGAAAACUCACAGAGGAGAGAAACCGUGCUCCAGGUGUGGAAGGUCAUUCAGUGUGAGAUUCUGCCUUGUUAAAGAUCAGGAGCUGCGCGUGGGAUGUGGGGAGAAGAAGUACACGUGCAACGAGUGUGGAAGGAGCUUCGGACAGAGCUCCAACCUUAUCGUGCAUCGGCGGAUCCAUACCGGAGAGAAACCUUACAAAUGCCACGAGUGCGGGAAGUGCUUCAGGCAGAGCUCGAACCUCAUCGUCCACCAGAAGACUCACACGGGAGAAAAGCUCCACGAGUGCCCCAAGUGCCAGAAGCGCUUCCCGGACAGGUCGCUGCUCAUCAGGCACAAGAGGGUCCACGUAGGAGAAAAACCUUUUAAAUGCCAGCAGUGCGGGAAAAGCUUCAUUCACCAGUCGAGGCUUCUUGUCCACGAGAAGGCGCACGUAGGAGAAGAACUCUGCCAGUGUCCCGAGUGCGGGAAACGCUUCAGGGAAAGAGCCAAGUUCCUCCAGCAUCAGCGGCGGCACGUGGGAGAGCGUCGCUACAAGUGCUACGAGUGCGGGGAGGAGUUCGGGCAGAGCUCGGAGCUCAACCUCCACCAGAGGAUCCACGUGGAGGAGAAGCUCUACCAGUGCUCGACGUGCGAGAAGUGCUUCAAGGACAGGUCCACCCUCAUCAGGCACGAGACGGUGCACACGGGAGAGAAGCCCUACAAGUGCCACGAGUGCGGGAAGAGGUUCACCCGCAGCUCGGACAUCAUCGUCCACCAGCGGACGCACACGGGGGAGAAACCCUUCCAGUGCCCCGAGUGCGGGAAGAGCUUCAGCCACCGCUCAAAUCUUUUCCGACACCAGAGGAUGCACACGGGGGAGAAGCCGUAUAAGUGCGAAGAGUGCGGGAAGCGAUUCGGGCAAAGCUCGGAGCUUAUCGUCCACCAGCGGACCCACACCGGGGAGAAGCCCUACCACUGCUCCGAGUGCGAGAAGUUCUUCAGGGGGAGGUCAACCCUCUUCAGGCACGAGAGGCUGCACACGGGCAUCAAGCCGUACGAGUGCAGCGAGUGCGGGAAGAGCUUUGGGCAGAGCGGGGACCUCAUCGCACAUCAGCGUUUCCAUACGGGCGAGAAGCCCUACCAGUGCUCCCAGUGCAGAAAGUUCUUCAGCAACAGGUCCAGCCUCGUGCGGCAUCAGCGGCUGCACGCCGGCGAGAAGCCCUACAAGUGCCACGAGUGCGGGAAGAGCUUCGGGCAGAGCUCGGACCUCAUCGCCCACCAGCGGACCCACACCGGGGAGAAGCCCUACCCCUGCCCGGUCUGUGGGAAGAGCUUCAGCCGGAGAUCCAACCUCAUCGUGCAUCAGCGGGUGCACAGAGGGCUUUGCAAGUGCCAGAAAUGUGGGAGAAGCUUCCAGCCCAACUCGCGUUUUGGCAUGACGGUGGGGAAGGACUCGCUCCGGUGCUCCCAGUGUGCAGAGGGUUUCAAGGAGGGGUCAAAUCCCGUCGAACACCAGAGAUAACACCGGGGAGAAGCGGCCUUGUAAGUGCUCGGAGCAGAGAAGGGGUUUGGGGAAGAGUUGAGACAUUGUUCGUGAAAGAGAAAAAAAAUCAGCGCUUCUAGGUAAAAGUCUUCAGUUUUAAAGACUGCAAAAGUGGGGGAAAAAAAACCCACCCCAUGCAAGUGAUCUAAAGUAGGCCGAUCAGUCAAUAACUUUUUUUUUUUUUUUUUGCUAAUUAUUUCCUGUUAUUACUGAGUUUGCUCAGAGGGCUUGAUGUGUUGGUCCACGAUCCACUCGCUCCCAUCGCUCCCCAGUCAAACUGUCUGCUGUUUCAGGCUGUCCAUCAUCCCAUCGUCUGUCUGUAAAGCCCUUCCUUAAAUCCUUUGACAUUUUCCAGGCUGGGUACCCAUCAGCACCCCAAAGACACUGUAGAAAUCUGUCUUCCCCUCCACAUCCUUCCCUCCCCCCUUGUAUGUAUGCAACCUCAAUUAAAAAAAAGGCCCUCUGUUCCCAA